UGCGUUGCCUGCACAAUAACACUGCUCAGCGAGCCUCCGGUAGAAGUUCUAAACAAAAUUCCGCCCGGCGAGCGGCGGGGAGCCCGGCGGCAGCAGGGAGACCCGGCCCGAGGGAGCGGGGAGCCCCGCCGCGCUCGCUAUGGAUCAGUGUGUGACGGUGGAGCGGGAGCUGGAGAAGGUGCUGCAGAAGUUCUCGGGCUACGGGCAGCUCUGCGAGCGGAGCCUGGAGGAGCUGAUCCAGUACGCGGGGGGGCUGCGCCGCGAGAUCCUGCAGAGCGAGAACCAAGAUGGAGCCUUGUCAGGGACAAUUUCCCUUGUUAUGACACAGUGCUGUAAAAGAAUAAAAGACACAGUUCAGAAAUUGGCCUCAGAUCAUAAAGACAUUCACAGCAGCGUUUCCCGAGUCGGAAAAGCCAUUGAUAAGAAUUUUGACUCCGACAUCAGCAGCGUGGGGAUAGAUGGAUGCUGGCAAGCUGACAGCCAGCGAAUUCUCAAUGAGGUGAUGGUAGAACAUUUUUUCCGACAAGGGAUGCUGGAUGUCGCUGAGGAGCUCUGUCAGGAAUCUGGUCUUUCUAUAGACCAAAGUCAAAAAGAACCAUUUGUGGAGUUAAAUCGAAUAUUGGAAGCAUUAAAAGUUAGAGUUUUGAGACCCGCAUUAGAGUGGGCAGUAUCUAACCGAGAAAUGCUUAUGGCCCAGAAUAGUUCCUUGGAAUUUAAACUACACAGGCUAUAUUUCAUUAGUUUAUUGAUGGGUGGAACAGCAAAUCAGAGAGAGGCAUUGCAAUAUGCUAAAAACUUUCAGCCAUUUGCUCUAAACCAUCAGAAAGAUAUUCAGGUUUUGAUGGGCAGCCUGGUGUACUUGAGACAGGGUAUAGAGAACUCUCCAUAUGUUCAUCUACUAGAUGCAAACCAGUGGGCAGACAUCUGUGACAUCUUUACAAGGGACGCCUGUGCUCUCCUGGGUCUCUCAGUUGAAUCACCUCUGAGUGUUAGUUUUUCAGCAGGUUGUGUAGCAUUGCCAGCUUUAAUUAAUAUCAAAGCUGUGAUCGAACAAAGACAGUGCACUGGAGUUUGGAACCAGAAAGAUGAAUUGCCGAUUGAAGUGGACCUUGGUAAAAAGUGCUGGUAUCACUCAAUAUUUGCCUGUCCCAUUCUUCGUCAGCAAACAACAGAUAAUAAUCCACCUAUGAAACUGGUCUGUGGUCAUAUUAUAUCAAGAGACGCUCUGAAUAAAAUGUUUAAUGGCAGCAAAUUAAAAUGCCCCUAUUGUCCAAUGGAACAGAGCCCCGGAGAUGCCAAACAGAUAUUUUUCUGAAGAAAUGAUUCAAUAUGCAGUUUGUAAGUGACACUCUGAAUUACGGGUGCAUUUCAGAAGAAUUAAAAACACUUGUUCCAUUUUACGCAGCAGACUGAGGACUCCUGUGUUUGUAUAAGCUAAUGCUACAGAAACUUUGCCAACAUUUAGUAUAUACAUACAGAGUGGAAAUGCUACAGAAAUAAUAUUACCAUAGAGCUUUACUAUACUCUUGGUCUCCAUAUCUGAUCAAGUUACUACACCAGCAGUUGUCAUUCAAUGCAGGUUUUUGUACUUAAUUAUAUGGUGACUUUUUAAAGCAUAAACGGAUCACCUCCUCCCUCUUCUCCCCUCAAUAUGUUUAAUAUUCAUCCUGCUAUUCUUCUGUCAUCCUGUUGAUAACUGUCACCCUAGGGAAUGUUUGUGGAAAAAGUUUUAUUUCCAGUAAUGUGUACAUAAUUCAAAGUAAAUACUUCCGAAAAAGUUUGAUAAAUUGACUAGUGUUAUAAAACUAAUUUUUUUUCCUGGGAAAAAAAAAAGCUGUGAUAUAUUCUGAGUUUUCUUUCAAACAUUUUUUCAAU